AUGAGCUUCUCGGAUCUUUGCCUUCCAUCAGAAUCGGAGCUCAAGCUUAACCAGCCUGUCCCUUUCUCUGUUCGCUUCAGCCAAGACUUGAUCCAGCUUACGCGACAGAAGCUCGAUCUUGCUCGAUUUCCGUUCGAGCAGAGCGACUUCGGCCCCGAGGAUUGGUUGCAGGGUGCAAAGGUGGCCGAGGUGAUUCGGCUGGCCCAGUACUGGCGUAACAAGUACGACUGGGCAAAGCAGGAGAAAUUCCUCAACGACACGUUCAAUCACUAUCUUGUGAAGCUUCAAGUGCCAGGCUACGGACCGCUGGUCUUGCACUUCACGCAUGCGAAAUCAUCCAGUCCCAAUGCCACUCCACUUCUCUUCUCGCAUGGCUGGCCAGGUUCCUUCGUGGAAGCAUCCAAAGUAGUCAUUCCUCUAAGCAGACCAGAAAAGUCGACCGACCCGUCCUUCCACGUCGUUGCGCCCUCUAUCCCAGGAUUCGGCUUCUCUCCUGCGCCGACAAAGUCAGGAGUAGGUCCAGAGGUCGUGGCUCGGGCAUACAAGCUCCUCAUGACGGAGGUGCUCGGGUACAAGUGGUUCGUAACUCAAGGCGGCGACUUUGGAUCCUUCAUCACCAGAUCAAUAGCUAUCCAGUUCCCGGGCAUCGUCCGUGCUCAACACCUGAACAUGUUCCCUGUGCCACCGCCCACUUUGUGGUCUGCCCCCAUGGCCUACCUACGCUGGUGCCUUUCCGGCCUCUUCUACUCUGAAUUCGAGCUGGAGGCCGUGCGCGUGAGGAGGAAUUUCGAGGUCGACCAGAGCGGCUAUCUAGAACAACAGAAGACCAGGCCUCAGACGCUAGGAUUCGCUCUGGGCGAUUCCCCAGUUGGUCUGCUGGCCUGGUUCGUUGAAAAGUUCCAUGACUGGGGUCACGUCGACGAAGCUUUCGACCCUGAGACAGUUAUAACCCUAGUCGUCAUGCAUUGGAUCCAAGGGGCGACGCCCGGCUUGAGAUUCUAUCGUGAAGCCUUUGGCUCUCGACGAGAGGCUGAGAGGACUUUUGAGACCUAUGUUGAUUGCCCCACGGGCGUCAGUAUGUAUGCCAAAGAGCAGUUACAUUGCCCUAAGGAUUGGGCUCAGCAAGCUGCGAAUAUCCAGGACUGGAAAGAGUACAGAGUGGGGGGGCAUUUCUCAUCUCUGGAAUGUCCGGAUGUGUUUGUUCAGGAUAUGAGAACAUUCUUCGCUUCGGAAUCCGUACGAAAGUCGAUCAAGGGUACAGAAGGGGGGUUAUAG